GCGCCCCUUCUCCUCUCGCUCUCCAUGGACGGGGGAGCGGGAGGUGGCCCCGGGCUGCCCGGUUCGGAAAACCCCAACCGCGCCGUGGAGUAUCUGCUCGAGCUCAAUAACAUCAUCGAGAGCCAGCAGAAGCUGUUGGAAACCCAGCGGCGGCGGAUCGAGGAGCUCGAAGGGCAGCUGGAGCAACUGAGCCAAGAGAACCGGGACCUGCGGGAAGGAGACCGAGAACGGGAACGACACCGAGAACGGGACCGGGACCGGGACGGGCAGUAUCACCACAAGGAAAGGGAGAGCCACUAUCCCAACCGCACCGACCGAGAUGGGCAGUACCAGAACCGGGAAGGCCAGUAUCCCAACCGCGAGAACCGGACGGAGCGCGAAGCUCAGUACUCGAACCGAGCCGAGCGCGAGAGUCAAUACCAAAGCAGAGCCGAACGGGAAGGGCAGAACCAGUAUCAGCAGCACCGGGACAAGGAACGAGAUCUACCGCACUAUGGAAACCGCGAUGGGCAGUACCAGAACCGGGAGAGCCACUACAGGGAGCCCUGCCAGUUGCAUCGAGACCGGGCGCCGCAGUGCCAUCAGGCUCGGGAGAAGGAGCACGAGUACCCUCGGCCACCCCGGGAAAGGGAGAGGGGGCAGCUGAACCGCGGGGCGUCGCGGAGCUCCAGCCCUGGGGCGGGCGGAGGCCACAGCACCAGCGCCAGCACCAGCCCGGCCACCACGCUGCAGAGAAAGUCGUCCACGUGUCCCACUCUGCACCAGUACUGCUGCUCUGCCCAGUCGCUUCUCCACUCGCAACUAGCUUCCCCUGCCAGGCACACAGGCUGCAGGGAUGAUGACGAGGCUGAGGACGUCCACCAGUUUUGUUGCCCUGCCUCUGAAUGCAGCAGCCCCUCCUCUAGGUAACCUGGAGGGGGCACAGCCAUCCCCCUUCCAUGCCUUGCACUUCCAACUCGGGCCCUGAAACUUUACCACACCAGCUUCACCCGCCCCCCCAUGGCUCCCUGGAGAGACUGUUCCAAAGACACUCCUUGCCUCCUCCUGCAUAGAUCAAGCAAGAGGGAACAUCAGUCAAUUGUCUUCAUCCAGCUUUUGCUCCUAUGCCUUGGUCUCAUCUCGUGCCUUAGGCAGCUCCUGUCUCUUGCCUCACUCCACAAUUUUGGCUCUUGGGAUGCCACAGUUUCCUCCCCUUCUUUUGAUUUCCUCCUGUCUUUUCUGUGCAGAAAGUUAAGAGGGCUCACCGACAAAUGCGCGAUAGACAUAUGCGCGCCGACAAAA